UUCGUUUGUUUGUACAAUCAUAAAAUAGAUAAUCGCCGUAUAGGUGACGCAGUUCUUUCACGAAAAUCGGUGUUCGACACAUUACGUGGCGAUCGCGUUAAUGGGUUUCGGUGGUGUCGUUCGGUAGAACCCGUAGCCGAGCAUGCGCGCUCACACCGCUUCACCCCCAGUCCGUGCGCGAGCAUUCUAUAUAAUAGGGGGAAUCACGCGUAGGACCGGUACACGGUAAAUGUUUUCCGGCGCGGGAACAGGUAAACGUCAAUCCUUGGAAAAUCAUUUCGGAACAUCGUCCCACAUCAUACCCUUUGAUAGACGCCGUGGAAUCAACGCUUUCGAACUGACGAUGGCGAGUCGCUGUACCUCCGUUCUCUUGAUCUUCAUGUCGGUGGUGGUCGCUUGGGUGGCAGCUGUUCCUGUCCAGGCUGGAGCGAAUACUUUGCGGCGUGAUUUCUACGGACCAGCGACAACGGAAUAUCUAGGCGGAUAUCUCGAGGAUCACGGUUCGAGCAGAAACGAAGACCGCGGUUGGGAUCGAUCGCACUACAUCGGUGGCGGAUCACCAAAAGGUUCAAUUUCGACGCUAUCAGUCUCACAGGAACGAUCGUCGCACUCUCGAUCCGAGAACGAGCACGACAGCGAAGAUCGACCUGAGAGGAAUCUCGACCAGAUCGGCGGUGGUAACCUGUUGAGAAGAAAAAUGACCCAACGUUGGCUAGGGACGCGAGCGAAUCUCGAUCAAAUAGGUGGAGGCAACCUGGUGAGGAACUUGGAUCAAA